AAUAGUUUACUGGGUCUAUGUGUUUCAGUGUCUCAAAUAUUACACUAGAAGCUACAGUAUGCAUUACUCUUUUCUGGGUGUGUGUUUAAACUGCCAACUGUAUCUAAUUGUGCUCGUGGUAAAUUAUUAACUUUUGUAACAGCUACAGUAAAGUGAGGUGAGGCUUUUAUCAGCAGUAAUCAAACAUGGGAGAAGUAGUCCUAUAAAAGGAAAUUAAACUGUUGUAGCACAUGACUCCCUACAGAGACGGACACGUCUAAUUCAGAAACGCUUAUACUUAAUUUACCAGGAACAAGAUCAGCUGCUCCCUGAUUCUGACAUGUCUGAUCAGCUACAAGAGGCUCCUGCAGCUAUUCUCUGCGACAUGUGCACAGGGGAGGACAGGAAACCAGCACGUAAGACCUGCAUGAAAUGUGAGAUCUCCAUGUGCGUCCAGCACCUUCAGGCCCACCUGACCACUCCUGUGCUGCUACAAACCCAUCCUCUGACUGAACCUAUGGCAAUGUGUGGGAGCACUAAAUGCCCCCAGCAUGGCAAACUGCUGGAGUACUACUGCUUGGAUGACAUGACCUGUGUGUGUGUUUCCUGUGCCAUCGAGGACCAACAUCGACUGCACAACAUGAAGACCUUCGCCACAGCUCACAAAGAGCUCCUGGAAAAGCUCAGCACUGAGCAGGCGGCCUUACUGCUGAAAACCAAGGAUGAAAACAUCAGUCUGGACAAGUGGGAGGAGAAAGAAAGAGAGAAGCUACAUCUCUCUAGCGUGCGUCUCAUUGAGGCUGUGACUAACCUGCGUGAUAUUUCUCUUAAUACCGUCCAGAGUUCAGUGGCUGCUCGUAUGGCGUCCAUCAAAACCAGCAAGAACAGCAUGCAAGCAGUGCAGAAGGUGAAGGACACCUUCAGCUUCCUGCAGAGGUUUUCUCAGGUGCACCAAGAUUUGGAAAAGGCCAAGGCUGUGGAUCUGAGAAAAGGGCUGGAGCCUGGCAGCGAUCGAGACAAACUGGUUGAGGAGAUCAGACAGAAAGGUGACGACAUGAUGAAGCAGGCAGGACAGUUCUGGGGGUCUUUGCUGACUUUGGUUGAUCCUGAAAACCACCAGGAGAUUUUUACCACCGCUUCAGACCUGAUCUUUGACCCACAGGUCUUGGGUCCAGGAAUGUUACUGUCCAAAGACGGCAGGAAGGUUUUCUACUGUAGCUCCAUAGGAGAAUGUUCUGGCACUCUUCUGAUCCACAGUGCCCAGUCACAUCCUGAUUACAGCAGAUGGCUUGUUAGUCUCUCCAUAGACUCUGACUGGACCAUUGGUUUAUGUGACAAAAAGAAUGGAAGGAACCUGAAGGAUGGACCUGUGUAUGGUCUGUGCUGUGAAGGUAAGCAGCUCAUGUGCCUCACAACAGAGUAUGCAGAUGGUUCUGGAGAGACAUUUGGGUCAGCUCAGACAAAAAAACAGCGCAUAGAGUCCUCUAAAACAAUCACACAUCAGAGUGGAAACAUAGAGAAGCCUGUGGCACGACCUGAGGUGGUGGAGGUCUUCUGGAAUUCUGUUGCUGCCUCCCUGUCGUUCUUCAACAGAACUGAGGAGUUCCAGAGGGAGGAAACACUCACAGUUAAAAUGAGGCUCAACAACAGUGACCUGGUCCCAUUUGUCAGACUUGGAAAAGAAAAUGUCAAUGAUAGUUCACAUCGUCCCCAGCAACAAUGGAGGUGCAGCUGUGGAAAUACUUACCGUGAAGAUAUGAAUAUAUAUGGUUUAAGAAUGUACUCUCAAAAGAAUUGUUCAUGUGGAAAAAUCAUUGGGAACCGGUGCAACACAGAACUGGUUUGUGAACUUCUUUAG